CCACUCUUUUUUCUCUUCAAAAACCUCUCGACGAUAACAAACAAAAAACCUUCUCGAGCAACAACAAUGGCGGCCAAGGUGAAACCCUCGUCCCGUUACAGCUCGUACGAUGCGCGAUCCUCGACUUCCUCGCACUUCUCGGACCCUUCCUCGUCUGUGGAGCUUAAGUUUAAGCCCACCUCCUCCUCCUCCUCCUCUUCGCGUGCGCUUGUCAAAUCCAAGCCCUCCGAUCUGGCCAAGGCCAAGUCCAAGCAGUCCGAUCCGAACUUCACCACCAUGGUGAAGAAGUUCAUGGAGAAGCGGUCUAAUUCUUCGUCGUCGUCGAAGCUCAAGAAGGUGGACAAUCGGAUGGCGGGAUUGGUGAUCCCGUCGGAUGUGAUCGCUGAGGACUUGAAGAAGACGGCGAGGAAGGGGACGAACUUCUCGGCUCUGCACAAGAAGUUGUUCGGGAAGGGAACGCCGUCGUCGGAGAAGGAGAAGAGGGAGGUGAAGGCUUUGACGGAAGUCAAAGGGAAUACGAGGACUCUGGCCAUGGUUUUGAGGAGCGAGAGGGAGCUUUUGAGCCUGACCAAAGAGCAGGAAAUGGGGAUUUCUGAGCUUAAGUUGAUGCUAGAAGAGAAGAACACAGAAGUGGAAAAAUUGAAGGACUUGUGCUUAAAGCAAAGGGAAGAAAUCAAAGCAUUGAAGGAUGCAAUACUUUUCCCGGACGUUAUUAAUUCGCAGUUUCAAGACAUCUUGGAGAAACAGGGCUCAGAGCUGAAGCAAGCGAAACAGUUAAUCCCAACUCUUCAAAGACAGGUGACUUCUCUCACAGGCCAGCUCCAAUGCUUAGCUGAGGAUCUUGCCGAGGUGAAAGCUGAUAAAUAUUCAGCUAGGGCAGGUUUUCAUCACCAUAGCAGUUCUCCGAGAACACCGAUGUAUAGUCGCGAAGAGACAUCUAAUUCCUUGGAGUUCAGCUCUGGCGAUCCAGCUAGCCCCAAGAGUCCGGAUGACAUGUUGCUCAAAGAUUUAAAUCCUUGCUUGACACCUUAUUAUGCUAAAUCAAGAUCCAAGGAAUUUGAAGCUUUGGGAUAUGAUUCUCCUCAGGAUGAAAGCUUAUCUGCAGACAAAUUGGAGUUUGGAAUCGAUUCUCAUGGCAGGAAAUUGUCCAAAAGUUCUGAUUGUAGCCAACAUGCCAAAAUAGGAACAACAAUCUCCCGAACAGCCAAAAUAGGAACAACAAUCUCCCGAACGGCCCGAAGAUCGGACGACACUCGAUGCACAUAUGGAAAACAAAUGCACCAUAAACUUUUUUGAAUCACCAGUCAUUUGCUUUGUUCAUUUCAUCUGUUUCAUUUUUUAAGUUUGUCAUGUUCUAUAGACCAUGAUUUUGGUCAGAAGUCUGCGUAUUAUCUUGUGGACAAGAUAAAACCGCGGAAAAAUGCGAGGCUAUUCCAUAGUUGGAACGGGGUUUAUGUUCUUAAAACAUUCACUUGUUGAACACGGCGCUUCAAGAACAUAAAUAAAUUUGAUGAGUUCUUUUUGCAAUAUAA